UUUGCACCUACCAGUUUCUUUUGUUCCAGGAAGCCAGUAUAAUGCAAGAGCAAUGCAAAGGGUUUCCAACCGGACUCUGAUUUCUGACCCACCAUUUGUUCACUGAUAUCUACUACAGAAGAUAGCAAUGGAUGACAAGGUGACUGCUGUGGGUAGGCGAGCUGGAUGUGAGAUGUGAAGGAAGACGUGGCCAUCAACCCCAUAGCCUUCAGCUACUUUUACAGACAGACAAAGGCAAUUGCUAAACCAGUCCUCCAUAAGAUAUGGGUCAAUAAAGGAAAUCGGAAACAUCUAAAUUAAAAGAAAAGAUUUAUGAUGGAGUCUGCAAACCAGAACAGACAAUAUUACCAACCAUGGAGGGUUGAACCAUCAUACCACAGUAAACCGUGGAAUAAUUCAAUAAACAGUGCAUACUUCAAUGCCCUGGCAGCAAGGAGGCCUAUAUGGGGUUCAGGCAUGGGGUUGAUGGACAGAGAGACAAGUGCUUUUUUUGUAAAGCCUGGAUCCCAACCACGUUAUUCAGCUUUUAGCAGCCAUGGGAUACAACCAAAAAUGAUAGAGAAUGGAGGUGCUUAUCCCAUAUUAAAUCACUUACCUCUAAACCACAGAAGUAUGAGAGAGGAGAUUUUUCCAGGUUUAUACAACUAUGUAGGGAGUUCUUACCAUGAAAGCCAAUUUGAUGGUAUGACUUCAUCAAGAUGGGUAGCAGCUGGAUCAGAACUAAUAAAAUUAGACCCCGAACCUAUUGCUACAUCAAUUUUCAAAUCUCCAUGGAGCUUUAUACAAAAUUCUUCUUUUGCAAUGGGAGAACAACCGUGUGACCACCCUGGUAGUAAAAGUAUACAGCAUAUGAAUGGUAAUUAUUCACCUAUAGAGGCUGUCAGGGUUGUGGAGCAGGAAUUUAUUAGGCCUCCUGUAGAUUAUAUAACAUCUGCAGCCUUUAAAACUAAAGAGUCCUAUAAUAUUAAUAUGUGCUCAGGUAUUAAGUAUUCAACCGACGACUCACCUGAUGCACAGGCACCUCCAGAGACCAUUGAAGAACAUCAAGACAACAAUACCAACAACCACCUGUUGCCUCCUACCAGGGAAACAAUAGAUCUUACAGACGAUAGAGAAGAACUGAAAGAUGAUAGUGCAUGUGGUAUAGAAGGAAAUGUCUUAUUAAUUGAUGAUAAAGGGAUCCCAUAUACAGUUUCAAAGACAGAUCUAGAAACAUUAUCAAAAAAAGCUCAAGAGGAGAGAUCAUUCCAAGUUCCUAAAAAGCUUCACAAUUGUCCGAUGUGUUUUAGGACAUUCCUUUACAUGUCUGACCUGGAGAGACAUAGUAUCACCCAUUCUGAGAAAAAGCCAUUUGAGUGCGAAGUGUGUGGUAAGAGCUUUAAACGCUCAUCCCACUUGCAACGGCACAAACAUAUUCAUACUGGUGAGAGAGCAUUCCAGUGUGUCAUCUGCUUAAAGGGUUUCAGAGAGUCUGGGGAGCUGUUAAGACAUCAAAGGGUGCACACUGGUGAGAAACCAUACCAGUGUAACAUCUGUCAUCUGCGCUUCACUGAGCGAAACACCCUGCGGCGACACAACAAGCGAAAACAUUCCAGUGAUACAUUGCAGCAACAGGAUGCUGAAGACAGCAGUGACUUGGGAGAGACUCUGCAGGACAUUCCCAGUGUAGAGGACCCAGAAUGAUCUAUGAUGUUCCAUCAAACAACCUUUAUACUUGUUUUCUAUAGAUCUAUUUAAACAUUUGUUUCUGCAUCAUUUGCAGCUCUUAAUAUCCGUAUGACCACACCAUUGUUUCUCUUGGCAUAUUUGUAUUGUCUAAGUAUUACUCAAAUGUGUAAAACCUGCACAUUUUAUUUAAAGCGCGAAAUGGCUUCAGAUUCAAUGUAUAAAAGAGCAUUGGUUUUGUUUUCACAAAAAAACGAUUUAAAGGGACAGUAAAGUCAAAAUUAAACUGUCAUGAUUCGGAUAGAGCAUGCAAUUUUAAGCAACUUUCCAAUUUACUUCUGUUAACAAAUUUGCUUCGUUCUCAUGGUAUCUUUCAUUGAAUAGUAAAACU